UCCGGAGAUACUCGCGGCUGGCGGCGGAGAAGCUCCUGGCGCGGGCUGCAGAUGUCGGACCGGCAGGCGGCUGAGGGGCAGGGCUUCUGGAGCCCCGCAGCCCGCCGAGGGUCGGCGGGCGGCGUCGGGGACGGCCUGGGAGUGGAAGGGAGCCAGGCGGCCGCCUCAGAGAAUGAAGAUCUAGAAAAUGCCAAGGUCACCUCUCCAUCGGCCUCUGCCUCUGAUCCAGAACCAUGUUCCUCACCUCACAGGCCACAGAUGGUAUCUCCAGUGAGCAAGGAUGCCAAAGAAGACCUGCAGAAAGCAGCUGGUGCCUUGGAGGCUGAGGCGUUAGUGGAAGAGGAUUUGCUGCCUACAGACCAGGCCCAGGUCCUCAACGAGAUGGCCAAGUAUCAAGUUCCACAACGGUCUGGUGACAUUGUGAUGAUCCAGUCUGAGCAUACAGGAGCUAUAGAUGUUCUUUCAGCUGAUAUGGAAUCUGCAGAUCUUCUGGGGGACCACAGGAAAGUCUCACCACCUCUGAUGGCACCUCCAUGCAUCUGGACGUUUUCCAAGGUGAAGGAAUUCAAAAGCAAGUUGGGCAAAGAGAAGAACAGCCGUCUGGUGGUGAAGCGGGGUGAGGUGGUGACCAUCCGGGUACCUACCCACCCAGAGGGGAAGCGUGUCUGCUGGGAGUUUGCAACUGAUGACUAUGACAUUGGCUUUGGAGUUUAUUUUGACUGGACCCCUGUAACUAGCACUGACAUAACUGUGCAGGUCAGUGAUUCCAGUGAGGAUGAGGAUGAAGAAGAGGAAGAGGAGGAGAUUGAAGAACCUGUUCCAGUUGGAGAUGUGGAGAGAGGCUCCAGGAGCUCCCUGCGGGGUCGCUAUGGGGAGGUCAUGCCUGUGUACCGACGGGACAGCCACCGAGAUGUGCAGGCUGGCAGCCAUGACUACCCUGGUGAGGGCAUCUACCUGCUCAAGUUCGACAACUCCUAUUCCCUGCUGCGUAACAAGACUCUCUACUUCCACAUCUACUACACUAGCUGAAGGACUGCUGGGACGGGGCAGGCUGUAUUUGCUGGCUGAAGCAGGCUGCCGGCUGGUGCCUCUUGUUUGGGAUAGGCAAGAGCUAAGAGUUCAGUGUGAGGCUCCUGAGCCUUGUGGCCUGUCUGGCAUGCCUGACUGUUGACCCUACAUUGUAGCUUUUUCCCCUUCUUGGCUUCUGCAGAUGGUGGUGUCGUGCCCCUGUUCUGUGGUCCCUGACUCACGCUCUUCUUGCUUCAGAUUCCAGCAAAAUCCCUCUGUGAAGGCACCUAUCAGGCACAAGCCUAAAAGGAAGUAGAAUGUUGUCUUUUAAAAAUAGAUUUGUUUUGGUACAAGGUUUAUCAUUCAGAUUGCUGCCGUCUCCUCCCCCAGAGCUCUUACUGCUGAUGCAUUUAAUAGUACCCACUCUCUUUACUUUUUGAG